GCCAGGGGCGAAAGUCAAAGUUCAUUUUGAAUCGUCUGAACUAAUAGCGACAGAUAAAACUUUGCGUUUAUACAUUUGCGAAACCUUUCCGUUAAGAAGCCGGACCUCUGCGCUCGGUUGUUUGCACAGGCGGGGUGUGUUGCAUUGCUUUCUUCACUCAUUUCUGCAGGAGUUGGUUUCACGCUAAGCUGAUCAUGCUUUCUUCGAUCAAAAUCGUUAGUAAAACUCGAGCAGUCUUUGGUGGAUCUCAGGUUUUUAAAACGUGUGCUUCUCAGAGAGUCGUAAAACAGCGAAACUUGGACGGGGAUCAGAGCAAUGUGUCUUGCACGCGCCGAAUGUCCGGGAAAGGCUUCAAUGUCCCGCCGAGCGCGGAGUUUGUGGCGAGAGUCAGCGGAAUCGCGACUAUGUGCAAGUUACCGUUUCAGAAAACAGCGGACGGGCUGGACGCGGCGUUUGUCGGGGUUCCCAUUGACACCGGAACAUCCAACCGUCCCGGUGCAAGAUUUGGUCCGAGGCACAUCAGGGCAGAAUCCGCUAUGAUCAGGUUGUACAAUGGCUGGACAAGAGCGGCCCCAUACGAAUCACUAAGGGUGGCGGAUAUCGGUGACAUUAAUGUUAACCUCUUUGACCUGAAGGACACCUGCAAAAAAAUACGAGAGGCUUAUCGUGAAAUUGUGGCCACUGGCUGCAUCCCACUUACACUGGGAGGUGAUCAUACAAUCGCAUACCCAAUUCUACAAGCUGUUGCGGAGAGGCAUGGUCCUGUGGGCCUAAUACAUGUGGAUGCGCAUGCAGACACUAGUGACAUGAUUCUGGGUGAGAAAAUUGGUCACGGGACCCCUUUCAGACGCUGUGUGGAUGAGGGGCUCCUGGACUGCAAGAGGGUCGUCCAGAUCGGGCUCAGAGGCUCGGGUUAUUCUCCAGAUAAUUAUGAGUGGAGCCGAGCACAGGGUUUCCGUGUAGUGGAAGCUGUGGAGUGCUGGCACAAAUCUCUUGUCCCGCUCAUGGAGGAGGUUCGCUCACAGAUGGGAACCGGACCAGUCUAUCUCAGCUUUGACAUAGACAGUCUGGACCCUGCAUUUGCUCCAGGCACAGGAACACCUGAGAUUGCUGGCCUCACACCCAUUCAGGGUCUGGAAAUCAUUCGAGGUUGUCGAGGUGUUAAUCUUGUGGGUUGUGAUUUAGUUGAGGUUUCUCCACCUUAUGACACCACAGGAAACACUGCUUUGACUGGGGCUAACCUCCUUUUUGAGAUGAUGUGUGUCCUUCCAAAAGUCAAAUAUUAUUGAUUGCGUUUGUGGAACGUCUCAAAUAAUUGCACAUAUACAUGAUUUGUGUACAAAAUCAGUAUUAAUAUUAUUUUCAGCAACAAAUACCUUUAUUGGGAUUAGCAAAACAGUGUCAUACAGUCAAUUCAUGAACACAGUGAAGAAAAUUCAUAUUGCGUAUGGAGAAACAACUCUCGGAAAUAAAAAAAAAUCACAAAAUUACGAAAAAAACAUUUUUUUUUGAACCGAUUAAUAAAAUAAUUUCACAACAUGAUACAGAGUUCAUAUUUUACACCACAGACAUAAAUACAUUUAGUCAUAUAGAGUUAAUAAGCCAUGAAAAUUUGGCAUGAUUUAAUGCUAUCUUAAAUUUAAGAUAUUUACCAGUGCAUUGCAAAACACAAAUAAAAUGCUAAUAUAGUACAAUGGCACCAAUACAUCAUCAAUUAUAAAGUAUAAUGAAUGUUCAUUGAACACCAUAUGAAUAAAGUAAUAUUAUUCAUCACUCAAAAUAUGUCAGUAAUGGAAGACUUCAUAUAGGAGUGGAUUUAACUCACCCACACCUUUCUGUGCAUAUGCAAUAGCUAAUCAAAUGCAUAACCACUAAAUCCUGCUAACAAAAUGAAACAUCACAACAUAGAGGAGACAAAUGGUUUUCUACAGCAAACAUGAAAUGCAUAGUACAAAAUACUUCAGAUAAAGUAUGUAUUAUGUCUUCUCUUUGUACUGUUGAGAGUAUGCUUUGCAUGCCACAACACAUUUUUAAUCAAAACACAACUGGAAACUAUAAAGGUCUCUGGCGCUCUGUCAUUCUUUAAGGCUUUACCUGCUCGUUUUAUAGCUGCACUAUAUAGCUGAAUGUGACUUGUACAGGUCGAUAAAGAGCUGUUAAACCCUUUACUUACACUAUCAAUCUGGUAAGAACAUCUGGAAUCUUUCUUAUAUUUUAGGUACACAAAUCCAUAUUAUAUUUUUACAUAUACAUUUAAUAUUAUGUAACUAUUUACACCUUGGGACUGAAGCACAGUUCAUGUUCUGUGGGUAUUGCUGUAAAGUUGCUCCAGUUGUGUUAAAGUCUGUACCACAAGUAUGGAAGAUGCUAAGAAAUUUGACACGUGUUGCACUGAAAAAAAAAAAAAA